AGCUGAAUGCCAGUUGAAACCUAAACAAUUCCAUUCAUUUGAAGAGUUUUAUCAAACUGGUGCUGUGAAAUACAAGAACAAUUGGCCUGAAAGAGUAAAAUCUAUAGUUGACAGAAAUAAAGCAAUGUUUGAGAAAGAUGUUGAUGUUAUUGAUGCAGCUGAGCAAAUGCUUGAGUCAUGCUCUAUUUUAGAAGAUGCAUGGGCACAAAUUCACCCAGAGUCCGAGAAAGAAAGAUUAGAGUGUUUAGAAUCAGCUAGUACGAAUUCGAUAGCUAAUGAAUCAGAAAGUGAAGAUUCAAUUCCAGACUUGUUGCACAAAGAUAAAAAAGACGUUUGUAAAGAAGUAUAUAAUCAGUGUGGAAUGUCCAAAAAUGAGGCUAAAAUAUUGAUGAGAUCACUUAAUGAUAAACAGCGUGAUAUAUUUUACACUGUUCGACAAUGGUGUUUAGAUAAAGCUAAUGGCAAGAAUGUUGCACCAUUUCACAUGUUCUUAAGUGGAGGAGCAGGAACAGGAAAAUCCCAUGUUAUCAAGGCUGUGUAUUAUGAGGCUUCAAGAAUUCUUGCUCGUAUUCUACCAAAUCCAGAUGAUAUUUCUGUUCUGUUAACAGCACCGACUGGUGUAGCUGCGUUCAACAUAAAUGCAACCACUGUCCAUAGUACUUUCUCAAUAGCAGUUGAUGCCAAAUUGCCAUAUCAACCACUAGGACAAGAUACAUUAACCACCAUUCGUUCCAAACUAAGUAGUCUGCAGAUUCUUAUUAUUGAUGAAAUUUCAAUGGUUGACAAGAAGUUGCUUUGUUAUAUACAUGGGAGAUUAAGGCAAAUCAAACAGACUGGUGACUAUUCACCAUUUGGAAAUGUUUCUGUGAUUGCUGUAGGCGAUUUUUAUCAAUUACCACCUGUAAAAGGAAAAGCUUUAUAUGUUAGUAGCGAAGGCAUGGAUCUGUGGAAUGAUUAUUUUGCCAUUGCUGAAUUAACAGAUGUAGUAAGGCAGCAAGAUCAACAGUUUGCUGAGGCAUUAAAUAUUGUCAGAACGCGGAGAAAAUCUGAUGAUUUACCAUCAAAUGUUAUAAACAUAUUUCGUCAGUGUGAAACUGGUGAAGAGUAUAAUGGUAUGCAUAUAUUUGCAACAAAUAAAGAUGUGGAUCUAUGUAAUAUAAACAUGCUUCACGCAACUUGUUCAGACCUCAUAUGUAUCAACGCUCAAGACUUUUCUAGAAAUACUAAAACUAAAAAACUAGAACAGCGACAGAGAAACUAUGUCAAAGUGUAUAAUACAAACUUGGCAAAGACGGUUACUUUGGCUAUAAAUGCUCGUGUGAUGUUAAUUAAAAACAUUGAUGUAUCUGAUGGCCUAGUAAAUGGUGUUUUUGGCAAAAUUUCACAUAUUACUUCCGAGGACAAUGAAAGUUUUCCAUCCUGUAUAUAUGUUGUGUUUGAUAACGUAAAAGUUGGUGCUAAACUGCGCA